UCCUCCCCACCCCUCCUCCUCUCUCUCUCUCUCUCUCUCUCUCUCUCUCUCGUUUUUGGCUUCGCUCGCAAGCUACCUGCACCUCGGAGCCCUCGAUCUGGGCGAAUUCUUGCCAUUAGAUCGGUCCGCCGCCGGGCGAUCAAAGGUGGAAAGCGGGGAGAGGGUGGAGAUCAAGGAUUAGGCCUCACUCUCUGCUUCCAGUCGUCGGUUUUCGGGAGGAGAGGAAGAAGAAAGGGGGUUUGGUGGAAAUAUUUGGUUUCUCCUCCCCUUCGUUCGAUGGGUCUAUGAAAAGGGCGUUGGAGGAGGCGUUCAUGGGUUCUCAGCUCAAGCGGCCCAACAUAUCUCGAGUGGAUCCGUCCGGGCAAACCCAUAUGGCGCCGGCACCUGCCGCCGGUGGUGCUCCGAAGCUGACGACAAACGACGCCCUAGCCUACUUGAAGGCCGUGAAGGAUAUAUUUCAGGAGAAUAGGGAAAAAUAUGAUGAAUUUCUUGAAGUCAUGAAGGACUUUAAGAGCCAAAGGAUUGAUACCAACGGGGUUAUUAUGAGGGUGAAGGAACUGUUUAAGGGGCAUCGUGAUUUGAUCUUAGGCUUUAACACCUUCUUGCCAAAGGGAUAUGAGAUCAAGCUUCCUGAGGAAAAGAGGCCCGUUGAAUUUGAAGAGGCCAUUAGUUUUGUAAACAAAAUAAAGAAUCGUUUCCAGAAUGAUGAACAUGUUUACAAGUCUUUCUUAGAUAUUCUGAAUAUGUACCGGAGGGAGAACAAAUCCAUCCAUGAUGUCUACCAAGAGGUAGCAGCCCUCUUUCAGAAUCAUCAUGAUUUACUGGAGGAAUUCACACACUUCCUGCCUGAUGCCUCCGCGACAAUGGCUUCACAACAUGUGUCAUUUGGUAGAGCCUUUAUGCGUCGGGAUGAGAGGAGCUCUGUGAUGCCCACAGCGAGGCAUGUUCAUGGGGAUAAGAGGGAAAGAACUUAUAACUCACAUGCUGAUCGCGACUUCAGCGUUGACCGUCCUGAUCCAGAGCAUGACAGGCAAAGAAGACGUGCUGAAAAGGAAAAAGAUAGGAAAGAAGAUAGAGACAGAAGAGAUCGUGAGCGGGAUGAUAAGGACUUAGAGCAUGACAGCAGAGAUUUGGACAAUGUACAGCGCAGACGUAAACCUUCUAGUAGAAGGGUAGAUGACUCUGUUGGUGAGCACUUGCACCAAGGUGGGGAAAGUGCUGAAAACUUUGGAAUGUAUAACAUUUCAGCUUCAUCUUUUGAUGAUAAGAAUGCCUUGAAAAGUGUGUACACUCAAGAAUUUAACUUCUGCGAGAGAGUUAAGGAGAAGUUGCACCCUGAAACAUACCAGGAGUUCUUGAAAUGCCUUCAUAUAUAUAGCAAGGAAAUUAUUACCAGAACCGAACUGAAGAACCUGGUGAGUGAUAUCCUUGAAAAGUAUCCAGAUCUUAUGGAUGGUUUCAAUGAAUUUUUGGCUCAUUGUGAGAACAUAGAUGGAUUUCUCGCAGGGGUGUUCAAUAAAACAUCCUUGCGGAAUGAAGGACCUGUGGCUAGACCAGUUAAGCUAGAGGAUAGAGACAGGGAACGUGAAAGGGAUGAGAGGGAGAGAGACCGUGAAAGGGAAAGAGAUAAAGAAAGGGAAAGACUUGAUAAAGGUGCUGCCUUCAGUUCUAAAGACAUGGCAUCUCAUAAGACUCAUUUGUACUCAAACAAAGAAAAAUAUAAUUUAUGCAAGCCAAUUUCGGAGCUCGAUCUCUCAAACUGUCAGCGAUGUACUCCUAGUUACCGUCUUCUGCCAAAAAAUUAUCCAAUCCCUCCUUCUAGCCAUAGGACUGAACUUGGUGCAUCAGUACUGAAUGAUGUUUGGGUAUCGGUGACUUCUGGAAGUGAGGAUUAUUCAUUCAAGCACAUGCGCAAAAACCAAUAUGAAGAGAGCUUAUUUCGAUGCGAAGAUGAUAGGUUUGAGCUUGAUAUGUUAUUAGAGUCGGUGAAUGUGACUACGAAGCGAGUUGAGGAAUUGCUAGAAAAGAUUCAGGACAAUACAAUCAAACCAGAGAGUCCAAUUCGCAUUGAAGACCAUUUUACUUCACUAAACUUGAGGUGCAUCGAAAGAUUAUAUGGUGAUCAUGGCUUGGAUGUGAUGGAUGUUCUACGCAAAAAUGCUAGUCUUGCAUUGCCUGUCAUAUUAACUCGUCUGAAGCAAAAGCAAGAGGAAUGGUCAAGGUGUCGGGCAGAUUUCAAUAAAGUUUGGGCUGAAAUAUAUGCCAAGAACUAUCACAAAUCACUUGACCAUCGUAGCUUCUAUUUCAAGCAACAGGACACAAAGAGCUUGAGCACAAAAGCUUUGUUGGCUGAGAUUAAAGAAAUUAGUGAGAAGAAGCGGAAGGAGGAUGAUGUGCUUCUUGCUAUUGCUGCUGGAAAUCGGCGGCCUAUAGUCCCCAAUAUGGAAUUUGAGUAUGUGGAUUCAGAUAUUCAUGAAGACCUGUAUCAGAUCAUCAAGUAUUCAUGUGGAGAAGUUUGUGCAUCCUCAGAUCAAUUGGAGAAAGUAAUGAGGAUAUGGACAACCUUUUUGGAGCCGAUGUUAGGUGUUAAACCUCGGCCUCAAGGUGCGGGGGAUUCUGAGGAUAUGGUGAAACCUAAGACUCGUGCUGUCAAAAAUAGUAUGGCAAAUGUUGGGGAAAGCAAUAGCAGCCCUGGUGCUGAUGGUGCUGCUGCUACCAAGCAAAGCAAUGGUGAUGAAAGCAUUCCACCAGAACAGGCAGUUUCAUGCAGGUCUAGGUUGGCAAAUGGGGAUGCAGCAGUUACGGAUAAUGGCUUUCUUGAUGUUGAUCGCACUGCUCGCCGAGGUGAUAAUCUCUCUGGUGCUCCACUUCAUGGAAGGGUGCAGGGUAAUGCUCCCACAGCUGAUGAGAUGUCUGGAGUGACUGUGCAGACUGCCUCUACUGAAAGGUUAACUGAUAAUGUCUCUCCCGCUGGUAGAGCUGAACCAAGUCAUACUAGAACCAACCUAGAAAUUACUUCAGGUGUUAGUGCUACAACUUCAAAGGCUGGUCAAGCUGGAAAUGAGGCAGCAUUUGAUUCUCGAGCUGGCAAUGAAGUUUUACCUUCUUCAGAGGGAGGGGUUGGUGGCAGGCCAAACAUACCUGCAAAUGGUGGUUGCACUGCUGAAAGUAACAAAGAGGACAGACUCGAUGAAGGUUCCGCUGCCCACAAUAACUUUAAAGUUGAAAGGGAAGAGGGUGAAUUAUCGCCUAAUGGAGAUUUCGAAGAGGAUAAUUUUGUAGCUUUCGAAGACUCCACUAUAGAUGCAGUGCCUAAACCGAAGGAUGGUUCUACUAGCAGACAGUAUCAAGUCAGACCUGGAGAAGUGGAGGCCUGUUGUGGUGAGGCAGCGGGAGAAAAUGAUGCGGAUGCUGAUGACGAGGGUGAGGAAAGUGCUCAAAGGUCCACGGAGGACAGUGAAAAUGCAUCAGAGGCUGGUGAUGAUGUUUCUGGCAGUGAAUCUGGUGAUGGUGAGGAGUGUUCUCGUGAAGAUCAUGAGGAGGAAGAGGAAGAUGCAGAUCAUGAUGAUCAGGAUGCUAAGGCUGAAAGUGAGGGUGAGGCUGAAGGAAUGGCUGAUGCAAAUGAUGCUGAGGGUGAAAUAACGUCAUUGCCAUUUUCAGAACGCUUUCUUCAUAUGGUUAAGCCUCUUGCGAAACAUGUCCCUGCAGCAUUACGUGAUAAGGAAGAUAAAUGCUUAACAAUCUUUUACGGAAAUGAUUCAUUUUAUGUGCUGCUUAGGCUUCAUCAGACUUUGUAUGAGAGAAUACUCUCAGCAAAGACAAAUUCAUCAGCUGCUGAAAAAAAAUGGAGAACUUCAAAGGAUACAAGCCCUCCUGAUUUAUAUGCUAAAUUUAUGAGUGCAUUAUACAACCUACUUGAUGGUUCUGCCGACAAUACCAAGUUCGAAGAUGAUUGCCGUGCUAUCAUUGGAACUCAGUCCUAUGUACUUUUUACAUUGGACAAGUUGAUAUAUAAAGUUGUUAAGCAGCUUCAAGCAAUUGCCUCAGAUGAAAUGGAAAACAAGCUUCUUCAUCUCUAUUUAUAUGAAAAAUCAAGGAAACCUGAAAGUUUUUGUGAUCUAGUUUAUCAUGAAAAUGCCCGUGUCCUCCUCCAUGACGAAAGCAUAUACCGGUUUGAGUGUACUUCAAAUCCGACUCGAUUAUCUAUUCAACUAAUGGAAUAUGGACAUGAAAAGCCUGAAGUGACUGCUGUUUCUAUAGAUCCUAAUUUUUCAGCUUAUCUGUACGGUGAUUUCUUGUCAUGCAUUUCAGAUAGAAAGGGAUCACAUGGUGUCUUCCUGAAAAGGAAUAAACGCAAAUUUGGAAGCGAGGAUGAGUAUUCUACCACUUGCAAGGUCAUGAGUGGGAUUCUAGUUGUCAAUGGCUUGGAAUGCAAGAUAUCAUGUAGUUCCUCUAAGGUUUCUUAUGUUCUAGAUACGGAAGAUUUCUUGUUUCGUGGGAGGAAGAAAAGGAGAUGUUCAAAUGGAGACACUGCAUCUUCACAAGACCUAUAUUCAAGAGUGUAUGAUCUAAAAAAUCAGCGAUUUCAGCACUUGCUGUCCAGAUCUUAACAAUGGCAUGCUCAAAAGGAAGUGCACCUUUAUAUCACCGGCUGAGAGCUCGCAUUGAUAUAGCAGGGCACUUGGCUUCAUCUAAGCAAUGGAUGUUGGAAUGCAGCCAGCUUCCUCUCACUCCGUGUGUUGCUGUCUUUGAAAUAACAGCUGGGAAAAUUUCUGGUACAUAUGUCAAAAAAGCUUGUAACCUGAUUCUGUUGGCUCCUGGAGCCACAGUUGUGUAUAUAUGUCUGACAUGCGAAUUUGUUUGUUUGAUUCAAAUACUACUUGAGACUUGUUCUUUAGGUGGCCGCCAUCCAUUUGCUAUAGUCGAGUAAAUGAAAUGCUAUUAACAGUCGAUUAGUGUUCUAGAGCAAAGUGGUCUUGUGUAAUCAUGUAGGUCUUCUAGUGCUUCAUUGAAAAUGUGAGACUAAUGUUAGGAUCAUUCUCAGAUAGCUCCGAAAGUGGGAAUUGGUUCCCAGUGCAUUACAUUCAAAAUGUGUUGGCCGAUCUGGGUCCUGUGACGAGUUCCUAAGUUUAGGUUUGUAAUAGACCUUUCGGUAAAUGAAUACGUUUUGGUCAA